AUGUCGAAGGACCUUGUUCUAAGUGAGCGCUUGAGUGACGUUACUUUGAAAGUCCGCCAUGCUGGUUUUUCUUGGAGGCUUCCUGCUCACUCUUUGAUGCUGGUCAACAGGUCAUCGGUUUUCCGGUUAAUGAUGGAAGAAAGACCGGAAGAUGAGAAGCCCGUACCGAUCACCGUUGUGAGCAUGGAGCCUAACACUGCCAUUAAUCUGUUGAGAUACGUUUACACAAGCGAGAUUCCUGUAGAACUGAGUGCAGAUUUAAUUAUAGCUUCAGAAAAGUACGGGUUUCACGAUCUGAGAGAAACUCUGGAAGACCGAUUACUACCAGACCUAAGUGUAACGCAGGCAUGCAGAAUUUUAGAGGAACUGGAACAAAGAGUUACACCUGUUGGGAAUUGCUCAAUUAGAGACGUCUGCAGAUCGCUUAUACAAAGACAUGCUCUACUAGUAUUUGGUACAGAUCUCGUUCUGGAGCUUAGUAAAAAAACUAUGGUCCGACUGUUACAGUCGGACUGCCUCAACGUACCGGACGAAGCUUAUUUGUUUUGGGGUAUCUGGCGCUGGGGUAGGAUGCAGUGCAGCAAAAGCAACAGACUUUUGACACAGGAAUCUGUAGCAACUUUUCUGGACGAGCUCAUUGUCCUCAUAAGCGCCUGGCAUAAUAUUCUCGAGCCAAAGAGAAAUGACGAAGGAAAUCUCUGCUUGCAAGUAUCCUUUGAUCGGGAUAUACUGCUCAUCGGAAUGAUGCUCGAAGUGGGGACUUCCGAACAGAUCGAAGCUUACGUGAGACUAUUCCGUGAGACUGACGGAUCUGAACUUCGAAGACAGCGGAUUGGCUGGACUCGAUGUGCUCUACGAAGAACCAGCCCCAACGCUCCCCCCGAGUCUUGGGCAGAGGCGAGUCUCGUGUUUCUGGAGCCUCUUUUUCUGGAACGGAACGAAAUUUACUCCAUUUACUUCCAGAGCUACUCCAACGAAUGCUUCCUCCCAACAGGUACAGCGGAUUCUAGAAGGAAAAAAAUCGACCCCGCUUUUGCCGCUUUCCACGGUGACGCUGUAUCGGCUGUUCGAGAACUCUACCUGGUUCCAAAUGUGACAGUAACGUGGGGGCCAAGGGGACCCCUAGAUUGA